AUGCCCGAACCGUCUAACGCAAAAACCCACUGGACAAGGGGCGAGAAGGACCGCGUCACCCGACUGAGCAAGAGUCUGGUCGACGAUGAGUACCUGAGCGACUAUGCGUCCGAGAAUGACCAAAGCGCUCUUCAAUCCAGCGCCAAGAAGCGCAAGUUUGACGAGACCGAUGUGGACGCUGCGGAUGAAGACCUGAAAACUCGUUCCAAAAUGGUUAAGCCCUUUGGCAUAGCGACAAAUGUGGAAGAAUACGACUUCCACGCGUCUCAUGGCACUAAACGUGCUUUCAUUCCAGAGUCUGUGUCUAUUCAUGCGGACGAUACAACUGGUGGCGAGGACGAGUGGUCGACAGACCUGGAGUACAUCGAGGAGGUUAAAUACGACGAUGGAGACCAUGGCAAAGAAGGCGAAGCAGAUGGGGAAGAUGGGGGGGAGAAGACGCGGAGGGAGUUGUGGAAGAAGAUGGGGGAGAAGACGCCGAGGGAGUUUGCUACAAUCUCCCGAGUGAAUGCGUCCGCCACUGUCACUGGAAGCUCAGGUGCGUCAGCUGCCGCAAUGGCCAUCAAGGCCGUUGCUGGUGCCCCUCCCCGCCAUGCCACAGAGACAGGGGAACUUUCUUUCACCACUGAAGGCGCCCAAACCCCCGAUGGAUGGCCCCGUGGAUAUAGAUCCCUCUCUCAGCCGGCGGCGGACUCUGCAGCCUCGAAUCACCCGCGCCCAACCGUACGUUGCGUCGCGACAAGCCACAAUGGAACCGGUACUCCCACUUCAUACCAACCUCAGAACGUUUCAUUCGCGAGCACUACAUCCUACCAGCCAGGAAACGCAUCCUUCACUAGUGGGACUCAACACGUCAAUAACUGGACGGCCAUCAAUAGGAGCACCGGAGGAAUCACACCAACCUCCUGGCAGCCACUUCAAGACAGCUUCACGCGGGCCCGCACCUCGUCGCUUCUCGCUGCAGAGUCGUCGCUUUACAAAGGCAUCUCACAGCUCAUUACCCGCCCGACAACGGAGAAAGCGAGCGCCGUGGAAGCGCCCACAUCAACCCAAAUCCACAGAGAGUCGGCUUUGAGGAUCAACCUUUCCUCCCUUGUCGGCAAUUCGCAGGCCCCUGAGCAUCGCCCCAUCGGACCGCCAAUUGAAGACGACGCCCACAGCCGCGCUGUAACCUUCGGCGAAGUUUUGGAGGUGGUCGAGAAGGAAAAAGAGGCGGAGCACCUCGAGAUAGAAGAGGAGAUCCGCGGCCUCGAACAGCAGAUUGAAAUCUUGAGAGAGCAGUCCAAGGCGGCAAAAAGCCAGUCGGCCAGGGCGGGUGAGCUUUUGGACCGGCUGCAGCUUCCAGGCGGCUGGGCGGACCUAAAUCCAUUCGAGGUGUUUGAUCUGAUCAGCGGUGUUGUUGGCUCAGAGGCUGAUAACGCAGGCGAAGAACCCAAGACGUUUUAA